AAAACAACCCGAGAACAAGUCAAAGUCAUGCAAACCUACUCAUCCAAGUUCGACGAAAUUCAUUGGCCAAAUACAAUUGACUUUUUAGUUCCAAGGCAUUGCUUUCAACGACAUUAUGUUUCAAGAGGACAAUAUGCAGAUAAAUAGACCUUGGCUUCAUUACAGAAAACCAAAAAAAAACAAGCCUGAAAAAUUCUUGAACAUCUUGUUACCAGAAAAAGUAAGAAAAUCAAUUAUCUUUUACCAUUUCCAGCAACAUGAUUUCAAGUGUUCUUUCUGAUAUUAACAUGCCAUCAGCCAGAACGAUCAUUUCUUCCACAGCUUCCAUAGCUGCUACAGCCAUGGUGGUUCGGUCCGUAGCCCGAGACCUAAUCCCUUAUGAACUCCAACAUUAUGUUUACUUGAGCAUCCGUGGCUUCUUCAAAUCAUUUUCUUCUGAAAUGGUUUUGAUCAUUGAAGAAUUUGAUGGACUAGCCAGCAACCAAAUCUACAAGGCUGCUGAAAUCUAUUUGGGCACCAAGGUUUCCAUUUCUUCUGGUAGCUUCAGAGUGAGCAUGCCAGAGAAAGAGACUAAGAUAUCCACCUUAGUAGCCAAAGACCAAGUGGUAUUGGAUAAGUUUAGUGGUAUUCAGUUCAAAUGGAGGCAAGUCACUAGGCAGGUUGAAUCCAAGAGGACCAAUUACCCUGGUCAAUCUUCUACUCAGUCCGAACUUCGGUACUUUGAGCUAUGCUUUCACAAGAAAUACAAGAAUAUGGUAUUUGAAUCCUAUUUCCCUUUCGUCCUCAACGAGUCAAACAAGGUUAAAGAAGAGAGGAAGACCCUCCAAAUUUAUACUAUGAAUAAUGAACACAUGAGGAGAUACUCAUACAAUUCAGGAGAUUAUACAUGGAACUCCAUCAAGCUAGAUCAUCCUGCAACUUUUGACACAUUGGCCAUGGACAGAGAGCUCAAGGAAAUGAUCGUGUGCGAUUUGGACAGGUUUGUUAAAAGAAGGGAUUUCUACAAGAAAGUUGGCAAGGCAUGGAAACGUGGGUACUUGUUAUAUGGUCCUCCGGGGACGGGGAAAUCAAGUUUGAUAGCAGCCAUGGCUAAUUACCUUAACUUUGAUAUAUAUGAUCUCGAGCUAACUGAUAUACGUGCAAACUCAGACCUUAGGAGAGUCCUACUUUCCACAGGGAACAGAUCAAUUCUAGUUGUGGAAGACAUUGACUGCAGCCUCGAUAUUGAAGAUCGCAAAGCAGAAGAACAGACUUUGAAGGCACUCAAACCUCAUAUAACGCAAGCUCAAACUAUAAAUAUAGUUAGGAAGCCAAAACCUCAGGAGGUUACGUUAUCAGGGUUGCUAAACUUCAUAGAUGGGUUGUGGUCAAGCUGUGGAGACGAGAGGAUAAUAGUGUUUACGACGAAUCACAAAGACAGGUUGGAUCCUGCCCUGUUGAGGCCAGGCAGAAUGGAUGUGCACAUCCACAUGUCCUAUUGCACUCCUUGUGCUUUCAAGACAUUGGCUUGGAAUUAUCUUGGAAUUGAGGACCAUCCUCUUUUCCCUGAAAUCCUUGAUCUUUUAGACGAGGCAAUGGUGACCCCUGCUGAAGUGGGAGAGCAAUUGCUGAGGAAUGAAGGGGUCGAGACUGCUAUGAGCAGUCUCCUUGAUUUCAUCCGCACGAAAAAGAAAGAAGCUGAUGAAAUCAAAGGUCUGGAAAAUGAAGAAAAAGAAAAUGAAGCUGAUGAAAUCAAGGCAAAAGGUCUGGAAAAUGAAGAAACCGAGGGAAAAAUUAGUUGUUGAGAUUUCUCAAGGAGUAAUUUAUGAUUUAAGAAUUUUAUAGUUCAUGGACAUUCUUUCAGUUUAACUUUGAUAGUUGUAGUGCAUUUUGUUGAGAAAAGCAUCAUCUACUAUAGUGAAAAAGAAUGUUCUUCAAAAAUAGAGAGCUGAUGUUGGGUAUAUCAAUGUACACUUAACUUGAUUAAUAAACCAUUAGAGCACCUUUAAUUGACAAGUAAUAACUAAACAAACAGAUGGUCUUUUCAGGAACUUUAAUCUAAUCCACUGACAAGUGUCACACCUAUAAGCAGGAGGAUGUAAACGGACUAACGGGGUUAAACAUCUCUAAUGAUCAAACUAAGACAUCAAGAAUUCACCCAGAGACAUAGUUGCAAAGCAACCCGCCACAAUAUUUAAAAGUUGAUUAGGCUGAAAUUUCAUUUCCAUUCCCAAUUUCCACAGUUAUCCAAGUAGUGAAUGCUAAUGAGAACUAAAUGGAUUUUUCGCACUUCGCAGAUGGAUUAUGACAUCACAAAUAUAAUAGCUAGUGCUAGAAAAUAUAUGAUGUCAGGUACCAGAAGCUACAUGCAAUUCUCGUUCAAGCUUGUAUGUUCUUAACAGUGAUGGCUGCAAAUAAUCACAUUAGAACAAUAUAGUUGGGAAGACAUGGCAAGCAAAACGAACUACAUCCACACAAUAGCUCCUACGUUUUGUUCAGCUCAAGAGAAAAAGCAUCAUCGAAGAAGUGAUAGCCUCAUUUCAAUAACCAAAAAGCUAAAAGACAAGGAAGAAAUGGCAUUCUAGAUCACCUUAGAAACUGUGACUCUGGAACUAAAGCAUUUGGAAUCCUACUUCAAUAGAGGUGUACAGUACGUAUAGAUUCUAAAUAUGAGAAUAGCUCCUCGACACCAAAGUUGCUCUACCU